UAAGUGAUUUCUGCAGGGCGCCAGCGCUGGUCCGGGCGGAUUUUGACCAUGGCCUUUGCGAAUCUCCGGAAGGUCUUAAUCAGUGACAGCCUGGACCCUUGCUGCCGGAAGAUCCUGGAAGACGGAGGGCUGCAGGUGGUGGAGAAGCAGAACCUGAGCAAAGAGGCUCUGAUAGCAGAGCUGCAGGACUGUGAGGGGCUGAUUGUCCGCUCGGGGACCAAAGUGACUACAGACAUCAUCAAUGCUGCUGAGAAGCUCCAGGUGGUGGGCAGAGCUGGCACUGGGGUGGACAAUGUGGAUUUGGAGGCAGCCACGAGAAAAGGUGUCCUCGUCAUGAACACCCCCAAUGGGAACAGCCUCAGUGCUGCUGAGCUCACCUGUGGGAUGAUCAUGAGCCUGGCCAGGCAGAUCCCCCAAGCUGCAGCUUCCAUGAAGGAUGGGAAAUGGGAACGAAAAAAGUUCAUGGGGACCGAGCUAUAUGGGAAAACUCUGGGGAUCCUGGGUCUGGGAAGAAUCGGAAGAGAAGUGGCCACCAGGAUGCAAUCCUUUGGGAUGAAGACAGUGGGAUAUGAUCCCAUCAUCCCUCCAGAGGUCUCAGCAUCCUUUGGUGUUCAGCAGCUGCCCCUGGAGCAGAUUUGGCCCAUCUGUGACUUCAUCACCGUGCAUACACCUCUUCUGCCUUCCACCACAGGUUUGCUGAAUGACAACACCUUCGGCCAGUGCAAGAAGGGAGUCCGGGUGGUGAACUGCGCCCGGGGAGGGAUCGUGGAUGAGGGAGCCCUGCUCCGUGCCCUGCAGUCCGGCCAGUGCGGGGGGGCCGCCCUGGAUGUGUUCACAGAAGAGCCCCCCAGAGACCUGGCCCUGGUGAACCACGAGAAUGUCAUCAGCUCCCCCCACUUGGGUGCCAGCACCAAGGAAGCCCAGAGCCGCUGUGGGGAAGAAAUUGCGGUUCAGUUUGUGAACAUGGUGAAGGGCAAGUCUCUGACUGGGGUGGUGAAUGCCCAGGCCCUCGCCAGCGCCUUCUCCCCCAGCACCAAGCCCUGGAUCGGUCUGGCAGAGGCUCUGGGCACGUUGAUUCGAGCCUGGGCGGGCUCACCCAAAGGGACCGUCCAAGUCACGACACAAGGACCAUCCCUGAAGAACUCGGGGAGCUCCCUGAGCCCCGCAGUCAUUGUCGGCCUCCUGAAGGAAACGGCCUCCCAGGCAGAAGUGAACUUGGUGAAUGCCAAGCUUCUGAUGCAAGAGGCCGGACUCAACGUCACUACCACACACAGCCCAGUUUGCCCCCUGGAUCACAGCAGUGGAGACAGCCUGCUGACUGUCUCCCUGGCAGGUGCCCCUUACAGAGCAGUGGGGUUGGUCCAGGGUACAACCCCAGUUUUGCAAGAACUCAACGGUGCCAUCUUUAAACCUGAAGUGCCUCUCCGCCGAGAUCUCCCCCUGCUCUUCUACAGGGCCCGGUCCUCUGACCCAGAACUGCUGCCCACCAUGAUUGGGCUCUUGGCAAAGUCAGGGACACAAUUGCUGUCCUACCAGACCUCAGAGGUGUUGAAUGGAGAAACAUGGCACGUCAUGGGCCUCUCCUCUUCAUUGCCAAAUCUUGAUGCAUGGAAGCAGCAUGUGACAGAGGCCUUCCAGUUUAGCUUUUAAAUCUGGUCCUUCUGGAGCAAACCCAGCAAGAAGAGAGUCCUGAUAGGAUCAGCAGAGAAUGGGCCAUUUCAUGAGUCCUGAGCUUUCAGUAGUGGCUUCUGUCACUGCUUCCAUUCCAGAAUGUCAUCCUUAUGUAGUUUGGAAAUAACCAUUUAAUAAAGAGACUACCAGAAACUAA